GUUGGCGUGUGGACCACGAGGGUGGAAAAUAUACGGCGCAGAGUGCGUCAACUGGGAAAGAGAUUUGUGGCUUGAUGUAUCUCGACAACCGACGCUUGUCUGUUUCUUAGUUCUGAUUUAACCAUUGCUGAUUUCUGCUUUGAACAUUACACUAUGCCAUCUGUUACCGGACGUAUCGAAGAGGCAAAUAUGACCGAGAACACGGGAAAAUUACCUUGUCCUCAUAUGAGAGAGAAAAGCGAUGAAACCCCACAUAUAGAAGAAAAGAAGGAAAAGGAAAUCAAAGAGCAGGCCACUCAACUGGACGAGACUGGAACAAAGGAUGGUACAAUUGUUCAAACUGGAACAGUGAACUUGCACUUUUUGAUUCCUGGAUCAAAUGAACCAAUCACAGCCACAUUUUCUCUCCAAGACAAUGUUCAAGACCUUAGACAAGUUGUUCUUGAUCGACCAGAGAGCUGUUAUAGGACAUGCUUUUCACUUCAAAUAGAUGGUGUACGACUGGAUGAUUUUGCUGAACUGAACAUGAUUGAAGGUCUAAAGGACGAGUCCACAGUAAAAGUUGUAGAAGAACCAUAUUCAGUAAGAGAAGCCCGCAUACAUCUGCGACGAAUCAAAGAUCUCCUCAGCACCAAUUUUCAUGUUAAUGCCUACUCAGCCAUAGAUCAUCUUUCUUUAUCCUUCCUGUCUGCAGUGGCUGGUGUUGAUGUAGAAGAGGAAGUUUUACGUGUUAAGGGACAAAAUGUGGGUACAGUUUCCACAGAGGAAUGUCUACCUCCCACUCAUGUGUUUGCAUCAGAUGAAUUCCCUUGUGUAAUGGAACCUUUGUUCCCACCAAAUGCAGAACCAAAGCUUCCACAAUGUUUAAAGCAGUUAUCUCCAAGUGCAUGGAACCCUCCUCCUGGCAACAGACGACUUGCAGGAUUAACAAAUGAACCUUUAGAGAAAUAUCACACUUGUGAGUUAUUAACACAUGAUGGAGUAUUCAAUACUCAACCUCAUAGUGAGCCGUGCCGUUCCCACACUCUUGUGGGACUUUUAAACCAGCUGAGUGCUAUGUUUAGGAAGAACUUUGCCCUUUUGCAGAAGACAAGUUUAAAAAGACACCCUCUUGAAGUCAUUCCAACUCCUUUUCAAGUGUUUCCUUGGGCUGUUCCUCAGACAGAACAUACCAGUGACACUCUUAGGGCAGAAGAUGCUGCAGCAGUCCGAAUUGGAUAUGAAGAACACAUGCCUGGACAGCUACGUGAUUGGAACGAAGAACUGCAGUCUGCCAGGGAAUUGCCAAAGGAAACCAUGCAACAGCGUCUUCUAAGAGACAGGGCAAUUUUUAAGAUCACAAGUGAUUUUGUUUCUGCUGCAACCAGAGGUGCAAUGGCUGUUGUUGAUGGUAAUGUCAUGGCAAUAAAUCCAGGAGAAGAUGAAAAGAAAAGGAUGUUUAUCUGGAACAACAUUUUCUUUAGUUAUGCAUUUGAUAGCCGAGACCACUUUGAGGCUGUAGGAGGUGAUGAGGCUGCAUAUGCUGCUGCUGGAGGAGAUCUCCGUGGGGUUAUGGCAUAUAACAGACUGGACACACAGGGUCUCUUCACUCUCAGCACAGUUAUUGUAGAUUACCGUGGUUACAGAGUCAUUGGUCAGUCCAUCAUUCCAGGAAUUCUCCAGCGUGAACAGGAGCAGUCGGUUAUUUAUGGUUCUGUAGACUCGGGAAAAAAUGUCUCAAGUCAUGGGAAGUUUUUGGAGCUGCUUCACAAUGCUGGCAAGUCUAUACGAAUAAGACCACACAAGGUUCUCAACUCAGAUGGUGAGGAAGUCGAACUUUGUUCUUCAGUGGAAUGUAAAGGCAUCAUAGGGUCUGAUGGGCGACAUUAUAUUUUGGAUCUGUUUAGAACUUUUCCACCAGAUGCUAACUUUUUGGGAGAGAGUAAACAAAGCACUGAUAAUGAAGAUGAAAAAGGGAAUAAGUUUGUGUUUCCUCGCCCAUAUAAGCACAAACUUUGUUGUUUGAGACCUGAACUUAUUGAGGGAUUUGUUGCGUUGCGAUAUGUACUUUUCCUAAAGUUAGUGGCUAUGCAUGUGUCAGCUGCUAAACAGAAGGAAUUGCAGAACAAGAAUGUGGAAAAGCCUGUAGAUGAUGCAGAAGAUACAAAGAUUGAGUGUCCAUACAAAAAUAAGCAAAUCAGUGAAGAAAGUGAUACCAAGGGAGGCAGUAAAUUAGAAGAUGCCGUGAAAGAGGCAGAGGAAAGUACAUCUAUAUCACCUGACAAUUCCACAGAUGCAGGUGACAUUUCAUCAGAUGCAAUUAAAUCAGCCUCUAAAGCUGUUGGUUCAAUUAGUGAAUCAGAGUUUGAUGUAAGAUUUAACCCCGACAUCUAUGCACCUGGAAUAAAGCAUGCACCUUCCGAGGAGGCUGCAUUGUCUUGUGACAAGCUAUUAGUGCAGGAUGCAUCUGACUUUUUAGUGGAAACAGUUAUUAUAAAAAUGGUGGAAGAUUUUAUAAGUUUAUCCCAGACACCAUUGGAUGGCUCACAGUUAUCGGAGAUUAUGCACAGUAGGGGAAUCAACAUGAGGUACUUGGGUAAAGUGGCAUCCAUUUUGGCUUUGCGGGCAGAUCUUGAGCAUGUAUAUAAAAUUGCUGUACAGGAAGUGAUCACUAGGACUGCAAAGCAACUGUUUAAACUGCACAUGCAAAGUGCAAAUUUGAGGACGCUUUCAGUUGCAGUUAGUCACUUUUUUAAUUGCUAUCUGGGUGUAUAUCCCAAUCCUCAACCUCAUCUUCCCACUGAAGAGGUCAUAAACAAGAAGAAAAAUAGUAAAAGGAAACCAUUGAAAACAUCAGUAAAUGGAGCAUCAACUGUAGCCUGGGCAACUCUUACUCCAGAGGAACUUUGGAAAUCAAUUGUUGAUAACACAGAAAGGCAAUUUGGAUUUGAACUUAAAUGCAAAAGCAGCGAUGAAGUUCUCCUGACAUACUGCAUACACAGAAUUUCCCUGCUGAGGUCACUCUGUUUAAAAACAGGUGUCCAGAUAUUAUUGCGAGAGUAUGAUUUUGAGAGCAGGAAACACCCAACUUUCACAGAAGAUGACAUAAUGAAUUUGUUUCCAGUAAUAAAACACACCAACCCAAAGGCAUAUGAUGCAUCAGCAAUAUUUGAAGCAGCCCAAGGCCGCCUUCAAGGAGGUCUUCUUGGUGAAGCACAUGAACUCAUGGUAGAAGCUCUCAAUCUUUUCCAUCAAGUGUAUGGUCCAUUACAUCCUGAUAUUGCCACUUGCUACAGGGCAAUUGCAAGGCUUCAUUACUUAGCUGAAGAUGCUGUUCAGGCGGUCAGUUAUCAAAAGAAAGCUGUGAUAGUUUGUGAAAGAGUUUUUGGUGUGGAUCAUCCAGACACAAUCAUUGCUUAUGUUCACUUGGCACUAUAUUGUCAUAAUGCAGGGCUGGCUUCAGUGGCAUUGAAGCUGAUGUAUCGUGCAAGACACCUGGCACUGUUGGUGUAUGGAGAAGGACAUCCUGAUAUGGCAACCUUUGAUAGCAACAUUGGGCUCAUCCUACAUGGACAGCGGGAGUUCAAGAUAUCUGAAAAAUUUCUUGAGAAAGCUCUGGAUGUACAACUGAAAUACCAUGGCCCAGAAAGUGUUCAUACAGCCAUGAGGUGGUUUGGUGAAGCAGACAGUCGCACAAAGGAGAGCCUAGAGUAUCUCAAGCACUGCACACAGCAGGCUGUUCUUAUACAGAAAAAGUUAAAUGAAAUAUCAGGAAGAGGAACAGCUAGAGAGGGAGAUAACAAAAGAUCUUCUGCAGUCCCUGUGUUGCCACCUGAUGAUGAAAACAUCUCACAGCUGAUGGGAAUAAUAUCUGGUCUUCAAGGGGUUCAUUCCUCUGGGACUUCUCCCAUAAAGGAUACAUCUGCACAGGUGAAAAAAUUAGCCCAGAAUGACACAGCUCCAAAUCUGCUUGAUAACAACCAAGCUGCAGCUUUAGAGAUGGAUUAAAAGGCACACUUAUUUGUGUCCAAAUUUCAACUUCAUGCAAGCUGAAGUUGUACCCAUGUUUGCACUGAUGUGCAACUGCCCCUUAAAGGCUUCCUGCUUUGCUACUGAAUAAUGCAGGAAAUGUGUCAUAAAUUGCAUUUGUUAGUGGGAAAUUAAAAUUUGUCAUUUCACUGUUGAUUGACAAAGGUUUUUGAAGGCUGUCUCAUUGCGUUAACUAAACAAAUUCAGACAGACUUUGUUUGAACAUUGAAAGUUGACAAUUUUUUGCGAAAUGAAAUGGUGCACGUAGUACAGUGUUUGCUAUAAUUGUCAUUUCUUUUCUAACUGGACAAAUUCGUCAAUUACAGAAUGAAGGGACUAAAUAGUCCAUUAAUCAAUUUUUAUUUUUUGGGGAAAUGGUUCUCAAAAUAUUUGGUGACAGAGAAUUGACACAAAAAUAGUUUUGAACCUGUAAGAUGGGGAAUUUUCCAAUGGGUGAAUGAUGUGAUUUGUAAUUUUUUGUUUUAUGUUUUUAAUCAAUGUUAUCAGAACAUGAUUUGUAACCUCUUGAAAAUUGUAGAUGGCACUUUCUAGUGUUUUUAAGUAUGUGAUUCAUUUCUUGUAAUUUCUUACCCUUCAUUUUCCAAUGACUCCACUUUUAUGUUCCAAAAAUUAAUUAUACACAGCCAAUAUUUGGCUGAACAAUUCAGCUCCCAGGUCUUAUCAAUGUAUAACUUCUUGUUACAAUGUCAUUACACCACCCAUAGGGCAAGUGAUGAGAAGAGGAGAAAUCAUCAGCAUUACUUGGUUCUUGGUAGUUACAGUUCUGACAAUUUCUCCAUUAAUUGUUGGUUGACUUCUUUUGCUGUGUAUAAAUGCUGGCUGGGCCACGUUUUUUGCCUGUUUUAAAUGUUUUGUCUGCUUACAUGCUUUGAGAACACAGUUGUAAAACUUUCCAACUAUUUGGUGUUUUAAGGUUACUGUACACCUUCAGGGGUGUCUCAUGUAGCAUGUCUGGUUUA